UUAGGCACCCCCCUAUAGCACGUACUGCACACCAUUUUCUCACCGCGACUAUCUCUCGCCUAUCUCGCGCUGGCGUCUCAGUGCGCUAGCCGCCUCGUGCGCUAGCUGACUCGCGGCAGUUACGCGAAUAUAGCUGUUUCAACCACACGAGUGGCCAUAUCCUCGCGCGUACCCCCCCACUCGUUCCCGCACCCGCACCCCCACCCGCACCCGCGCCCGCACUCGCGCCCGCGCCCCGCACUUGCUUACGCACCCGCACCGCACCAACUCCCACGUUCGCGUGUGCUUGAACCACAUGCGUGUUCUCUAUUCGUCCUAUGCCGUAUUUCCGUCUCAUUUACCUCUUGCUCGAACGCGAUAAGUGAGCGACUCGUUGACGAAUAGUGAGCAAAAGCUAACAGUGAGCGAAUACUAAGCUGUUUAUCUGGUUGAAUAGCAAUGGAGCGGUCUAAAAGGCGGCGCGUCGCCGUGAAUUACGCCAGGCUAGCCGCGGGAGUUCAGGAGGAAGAGAACGAGGAGGAGGAGGAAAAGAAGGCGAAGAAGGCGAAGAAGGAGAAGAAAAGGGGGGAGAACAGGGAGGAGGAAAAGGAGGUACUCCCCAAGCAAAGGUUGACACGUGGCGGGCGAGGGUUGGCCGCGGCGGCAAGUGUUGCCGCUGCGCCGUCCGCCACCAGGGCGCGGAGUGCGCGCGGAGGGGAAAGGUCCGCGCGCGCGGGGGAAAGGAGCAGUGCGGGGGGGGAGAGCUCCGCGCGCCAGGCGGUGAUUGGCGGAAGGCGCGUGGGCUUGCGCGUGCUGACUCCGCGGAAGACGGCGGGAGAGGAGGCGGGAGGAGGGGCGGAAGAAGAAGAGGCGGAAGAAGCGGGGGAGGGAGCUAGAGGAAUGGUGAAGAGAAAGCGACGAACCAUGUGUGUCGCGGAUUUAAGCCAACCACCCAACACGAGAAGUCAGAGGCAGCGAAAUGCAGCUAAGGCAGCUAAGACUGGAGAUGGGGAUGGGGAGGAUGGGGAUAUGGAGGGGGAAGAGGUGGCGGCGGACGAGGAAGACGCGGAUUCGGAUUCUGAUGAUUUUCGUCCUCUCGAUUCAGAGUCAGAGCACGAGCAGGAGGAGCCAUCAGUGCUCGUCAGAAGGCCUCGCUCCUCCCCUGCAGCAGCAGCAGCAGCAGCAGUGGGUGCAAGCAAGAGAAAGGCGCCGCUUGCUGCAGCAGUUGGUGGCAAGAAACGCAAGUCUAGACUACGACAACUGGAGGAGGAAGAUGAUGAGGAGGAGGAGGAUGGGGAGGAGGAGCAGGGGCAGGAUCAGGAGGAGGGUUCGGAGAAAGGAGAUGAGGGGCAAGAGGGAGUAGAGGCAGAGGAGGAGGAGGACGAGGAGGAUGAGGAGGAGGAGGAUUUGCUGGGAAUAGGGAUGGAUGAAGACGAGUCAGAGGAUUUCAUACCGGGACUGGAGAAGGAAGGGCAGGAGGAGGAGCAUGAGGAGGAGGAGGAGGAUGAGGAGGCACUUAGAGAGGGGGAGAUGGUGGAUGGGGAGGGGGAGGAGGAAGAGGAGGGAGGGAAGAUGGGGAGAGGAAGGGGAUAUGGAAGAGUGGGAGGGCCACAACAACUUAUGGGUCCGCCGUCCUCUCGAAAGCCGUUCCCCAAGGCCCGCUCCCAUCCCCUCCCCACGUCCUCCUCUCUCACCCGCACUCCCUCACUCUCCCGCACCCCCUCAGUUCCCUCCUCCUUCCCUCGCUCCAGCAGCAGCCUCGGCAGCGGUGGGAGGUUUGGCAGCAGCUUUGGUGGCAGCCUCGGCAGUGGGGGGAGGGGUGGGGGUAAGGGUGCUGCGUCUGCUGCCAUGGGCGGCGGCGGGGUGCGGAGCCGGCUGUUAAAGAAAAUGGGCUUUAAGGUGCCGUUGGUCAGUCCUAAGUUCAUGCCGAAAGCCAUGCAGCAACCGGCAGCAUCUCCGAGACAAUCAGCAGCAGCAGCAGCAGGAGGAGCAGCAGCAGGAGGAAUUGGAGGAGGAGCAGCAGGAGCAGCAGCAACAGCAGUAGCAGGAGCUGCAACAGGGGGGGCAUUAGGGAGCAGCCCUGCUGCUGCUGCUGGUGGCAGUGGUGCUGUGAUGAAAAGGUCGUUAUCUGCGGGGUAUAGAGGGCCGAGGAGAUUAACAGAGUUUCUAGACUCUCCUGUGGGGAUGGGUGAAAGGAGUAGCAUGGAUGAUGGUGGGAUGAUGAUUGGUGCGAUGGGUGUGCCAGAAGCAAGGGUUGGCGAUGGGGGCUUGAUUCAAGGAGGAGAGGACAUGCAAAGGAGUGGGAGAUGUGCAGAGGAGGUAGCAAUGAGUGAGGGGAGGGGUGAGGGGGUAGCAAUGAGGGAGAGGGGAGAGGAGGCGAGGGGGGAGAGAGAGGAUGAGUUGAGUGAGAGAGAGGAUGGGGAGUUUGAGGACGAGGAAGGGAGGGGGGGUGGGCGUGAAGAGAGGAGUAGAGGACGGUUGGAGGGAGUCACUAAGAGGGCAAGGGAGGUGAAUGAGACCAUCUCAGGUAGUGUAGAAAGUGUGUGUGUGAAUGGUGUAGAUGCGGGGAAGUGUGGGCAGCAGGUGUUGCGGUCGACUCAAGAAGGGGCAGAUGCUGCUGAUGCUGCUGCGGUGAACGGUCUAUCUGUGGAGAAGUGCGAGCAGAAACUGCUGCUUCAGGCGAGGGGAGGGGACGCAGGGGUGGCAGGGGUUGGCUUCGGGGUGGCUGGAAACGAGGGUGGAGGGGAGAUGGGGGAGGAGGAAGGGAGCGUGAAGAGCGAGCAACGAGGACGUGCACGAAGGGAGGAAGAGCAGGGUGGAAGAGGCGUGCCGUGGGAACAUUCCGAGACAACUCAUGUGGCUUGGGGGGCCAACAGUAGCGAUCUUGUUGCCGAGGCUCUCAAACGAGCUGCCGAAGCUGGUGUGCUGGCAGCCCGAACCAGCCAAGGAGGCUUGGAGGGCAGUGCACCUGCUGCCACAGAAACCAAGACCCCUGGUCAAGGCGUAGAUGCGCUACCAAACAAGGAAGAAGCACACUAGUGUUAGGAAGGCACUCUAUAAAGGGUAUACGUUUUCACUGUAGUAUUCUCUCUGUAGAUGGUGGAAUGACAGCGGUUGAGAUGGGUGGAGGAGCUAGUUCUGCACGCCGCAACCAGAAUUGAAGGCAUCCGUUCAUUCCACUGGAGAAUUCCUCUUUGACCCUGGAUUUCAGGCAUGUGUUGCUGCUGCAGAAUUAUUCGAGCAGAGCCUUUGGGUGAGCCGCUUGCAUUGUGGAUGGAGGUGGGUUAUGGGUAGUUCUCCCCUCUCAGGUCAGGCACUGUUUGUGAGAUG